AUGAGUCGACGAGUUUCUAUCGUUGACCUUACUUCGGCUCGGGUACAUCCCUCUCCUCGCCGUUUUAGGGAAGUCUCGUCAACGCCUUCCGUCUCCCCGAUCGCUUCCUCCUCCUCCAGCUCCCCAGAUCCCCACUCAAUGCCUCGGGGCACAAAACGAAAACGCCGACACAAUGAAGGUGGUCCUCACAGCUCGGCGCCAUCCAACCGCCCACAAAGUCCUAUCGAGUCUAUCGACCUGACUGAGGUCGAAGGCUCAUCUGCCCUCGCCAAAGCCCUUGCGAAACAGCGUGAAGACGCCGUCAAGGCACAAUCAACCGACGAAGCAGACAAAGCUCGUUCCAUGUUGAUAGCAUAUCAGUGUCCAGUCUGCAUGGAUAAUCUAGAGGACGCUACUAGUACUUCAUGUGGCCACCUCUUCUGUCACAAAUGCAUCGUCGAAUACCUCCAAUCGAUCGACGAUCAAUGUACCGAGCAAGGAAAACAGACUAAGGGAACGUGCCCGGUAUGUCGAAAGACGAUUACUCGGAACGAGUCGAGUGGACCUCGCAGAAGCCUCAUACCAUUGAAGUUGAAGGUGAUCACUAAGAAGCGGGGUGUCGUCUCACCGAACAAAGCAUGA